AGAGCAGGUUCGUGUUCGCGUCCUGGAGCUCCCGCGGCGGCUGGAAGGAGAACGCCAUCGUGAUGAGGUUCCGGCGCGUGUGCACGACGAUGCGCACCUACCUGCCGGGCGUGUGGAGGCACGUCCUGAACCACACCAUCGGGCCCGACGGCCCCCUCCAGGAGGACUGCCCCAUCCGCACGGGCACCUACAGCAUACAGAAUAUGAACAGCAGAAGCAUCACGCCCUCCAACUUCCCAGUCAUGUUCUACGGGAGGUGGCGUCUGGACGGCCUGGUCUACGACGGCAGCGACGCGUGCGUCAUGUGCAUACGACUCACGGUGAACAUCACGCCAAAAGUGAAGCAGGGUUCAGUGGCCGGGUGAGGUGAAGAUUCGUUCCCGCACAACAUUCUGCAAUAAUGAUGUAUCAUUUUUGACGAAGAUAACAAUCGAUCU